CUCAGACAGGCAACUUGUUUCUAUCCAGCUGGAAAGAGCAGCGCAGCGCAAGACCACUGAAGAAGACUUCAGUUCAGAGGGGCGCCAGAAGGAUCAGAAUCAAAGAUGGACUUGAGAGAGUGGACUUCAUGUCAGGAGCUGAACGCGUGAUUUCAAAGCUGAAGAUGACAACCCGAGAGACUUGCUUUCAACCCAAAGUGGAGACUGACAAUCAGUGACAUCCAGAGGAUCUGUUGUGAUUACCAUUCCCCUCCCUUCGCUGUCCAGGACUCCCACCCUCCACACUGACAUCUCUUGAUCACCAGCAUGCCUACAGCUUGCACAAGGUGCACCUUGGGAGCCUAACCCACCAUGUGCAGAUGGAUGACAUCCGUAGCUCAUCUUUGCCCUAAACUUACCCUGAGAACAGCCACCACUGCCUCCUCCACUGGGAAUGUCAUCCCCCUGCCCAGUGCAUCCUCCUUUGCCCUGGUAUUCCUCACCCUGCUCUUGGUCACUGCUGGCAGCGGAGCCUGUCCUCCUCGAGCAGGGCAUGAACCCCUUCAGGGGCUGGGGAGUGGCACCAACUGUUCGUGGACUUUGGAAAGGCACACUCGUAGUUACAAUCACCUGGAAGGUGACGUCAGACUGCGACGGCUUUAUUCUGCCAACAAGUUCUUCCUCUGCAUUGACAAAACAGGAAAAGUGGAUGGCACCAGGAGAAAAAACUAUGCCGACAGCUUGAUGGAAAUCCGAUCUGUCAGUGUGGGAGUUGUUGCCAUCAAAUCUGUCAGUACCGGCCUGUACUUAGCAAUGUCCAAGAAAGGCACACUCUUUGGAUCGGUGAAGUACAGCCCAAGCUGCAAGUUCAAAGAACGCAUUGAGGAAAACGGCUACAACACUUACGCCUCGCUUCGCUGGAAGCACGGCGGCAGGCAGAUGUUUGUUUCGCUGAAUGGACGCGGGAAACCACGGCGAGGUCACAAGGCUCGGCGAAGACACCCGUCCACUCACUUCCUGCCCAUGCUUCCCUCCUAGGCGCGUCGGAACUCUUCCAGGCAGCUCCCUGGCUCACCUGCACCCUCACAUUAGUACUGAUCUAGAUGUGACAACAAUCUUUCCUUUUUAUUUAUCCAUCCUCAUGUUACAUAAAUGUACAUUUGCUGAGCUCUGUAACAUUUUAGAGUUAGAAUAUCGGCUUCUUAAGUUAUUUUCUGCAUAUUCUAAUGAGGUUAAUAUAAUACAGUGCAGUCCGACAAAAAAAAAAAUAUAUAUUGUUUUUCUUCACAGUUUCCACAUUUGUGUGUCUGUGAAAACUGCAUCGAAAGAUGUGAGGCAUUAUGUCUGCAGAUGGGUAUUAAGAAAAAGAGCAAUUAGACAAUUGUUUAAAAUCGGAGGGAAAGGUGAAGACACUGGGGCUUUGCUCUUUUCAUUUUCAAGCAGGUUCAAAGACAUCAAAAUCUUAAACCAUGUACACCAUUGAGUUUUAGGGUUUUUUGCAGAUUAUGUGAAUGACCUUCAGAUUAAGAUUAUGUAAUACAAUAAUAGCCACUCCUUUAAAGUAAAUGAAGAUAUAAAAUUCAAAUUAAAUAAAAAACAA